CCUUCGUCUCUGCAUAAAAUGAGUUUGUAUUGUGGUGAAAGUUAGUUAGAAAAUACCGUAUUUGUGUAUCAUUACAGAGAGUGAGCAUGAAGGAGGCCUUGAGGGAAGAACAGAUUGGAGAGUUUUUGGAAGCCUUUUGUCUCUUUGACAAAGAUGGAGAUGGCAGAAUAAACAUCGAAGAAUUAGGCACUGCGAUUCGCUCACUAGAUGAAAAUCCAACGCUGGAGGAGUUGCAAAUCAUGAUGAGUGAAGUGGAUACAGACGGCAACGGAACCAUAGAAUUCGGGGAAUUCUUGAAUCUCAUGGCCAGAAAAAUGAAGGAAAGUGAAGCAGAAGAGGAACUGAAGGAAGCAUUCAGAGUGUUUGACAAAGAUCAAGACGGUUAUAUAUCGGCGAGUGAGUUGAGGUCUGUAAUGAGGACCAUUGGAGAGAAGGUGACAGACGAAGAAGUGGCACAGAUGGUGAAAGAGGCUGAUUUAGAUGGUGACGGUCUCGUUGAUUAUGAGGAGUUUGUGAGAAUGAUGUUGGCUGCAUAAUCACAUCAACCAAAAAUACAGAAAAAUAUAUAUAAUUUUAUGUUUGGUUAGUAUUAAUUCCUGGACAGUAAAUGCACUUCUUUCAUUUUCUAUUGCAUGCCUGGUAAGUUAUCGUGUUGACAAAGAGGACAGUAGAUUUGAGAAUGGAAUUGACAAGAUGAUAAUUUCUGACCC